UUCACUACGUGCACCGGAAGAUGGAGGUCCUCUUUUCCUUGCCUAAUGCAGCCAUGGCUCGUGGUGCCAAGAAGCAUCUGAAGCGGGUAGCAGCUCCAAAGCAUUGGAUGCUGGAUAAAUUGACCGGUGUGUUUGCUCCUCGUCCGUCCACCAGUCCCCACAAGUUGAGAGAGUAUCUCCCCCUCAUCAUUUUCCUAAGGAACAGACUUAAGAAGAUUUGCAUGCAGCGGUUCAUUAAAAUCGAUGGCACGGUCCGAACUGAUAUAACGUACCCUGCUGGGUUCAUGGAUGUCAUCAGCAUUGACAAGACAGGAGAGAAUUUCCAUCUGAUCCGUGACACCAAGGAUCGCUUUGCUGUACAUCGUAUUACACCUGAAGAGGCCAAGUACAAGUUGUGCAAAGUGAGAAAAAUCUUUGUGGGCACAAAAGGAAUCCCUCAUCUGGUGACUCAUGAUACCUAACCCUGACCCCUCAUCAAGGUGAAUGACACCAUUCAGAUUGAUUUAGAGACUGGCAAGAUGACCGAUUUCAUCACGUUCGACACUGGCAAGCCGUAUAUGGUGGCUGGAGGUGCUAACCUGGGAAGAGUUGGUGUGGUCCCCAACAGAGAAAGGCACCCUGGAUGUUUUGACCUGGUUCAUGUGAAAGACACCAGUGGCAACAGCUUUGGCACUCGACUUUCCAACAUUUUCACUAUUGGCAAGGGCAACAAACGAUGGAUUUCUCUUCCCCGAGGAAGGGAUAUCCGCGUCACUAUUGCCGAAGAGAGAGACAAGAGACUGGCGGCCAAACAGAGCAGCGGGUGAAAUGGUCCGCGGGUGACAUGUUAGAUCUUUGUACGUAAUUA